AUGAAGGCGCGUUCGCACGGCGGCGUGGCUGUCAGGCGACGCUCUCGCAUGCUCGCAGCACUGGCUGCUCUCAUGCUCUCAGGUGUGCUCUCAUGCUCUCAGGUGUGCUCUCAUGCUCACAGGUGUGCUCUCAUGCUCUCAGGUGUGCUCUCAUGCUCACAGGUGUGCUCUCAUGCUCACAGGUGUGCUCUCAUGCUCUCAGGUGUGCUCUCAUGCUCACAGGUGUGCUCUCAUGCUCACAGGUGUGCUCUCAUGCUCACAGGUGUGCUCUCAUGCUCUCAGGUGUGCUCUCAUGCUCUCAGGUGUGCUCUCAUGCUCUCAGGUGUGCUCUCAUGCUCUCAGGUGUGCUCUCAUGCUCACAGGUGUGCUCUCAUGCUCUCAGGUGUGCUCUCAUGCUCACAGGUGUGCUCUCAUGCUCUCAGGUGUGCUCUCAUGCUCUCAGGUCUGCUCUCGUGCUCUCAGGUGUGCUCUCAUGCUCUCAGGUGUGCUCUCAUGCUCUCAGCCUGUGCGCCCAGGGCUGCUGCUGUUCGCCUGCCAGCUGCAAGCAACGCUGCCGACCACUCGUGUGUGCAGCGCAAGUGUGGCGCCAAUGCGAUUUGCGUGAAGGAGAGGGGCGAUGCCACCUGCGUCUGCAACGUUGGAUUCUCCAUGACCCCCGUCGGCUGUGUUGACACAUGCGCGCUCAAGGCGUGUGGCAGCAACGGCAAGUGCAGCAAGGACAGUGCUGGAGUGGCGUCCUGUGUGUGUGACACUAGCUUCGUGCUGCAGGCUGACAAGACUACAUGCACUGUCCCAUGCGUUAUGCCGAUGCCAUCUGUCACUGUCGCGUACGCCAUGCGCUUCACACUUUCUGUUCUGGCGACCCAUCUCCCUUCCCUUGCCAGACGCGUGUGUGCUCAAGAGGUGUGGGAGUAA